UAUUCAAUGUUGUUGCACAGAAGGCAACCUACUGCUGGCGACAAAGGGUAACCAACGAGUAAGCGCGCUGAUCGCGAUCGUGAGAUACACGUACCUUUGGCUGUCUAGGCUAUUUCAGUGCCCAUGUUUACUUCCUCACAGUAGAGCAUGUGGCCCAGUGCAGUCUUGAAGUUGGCCACGUGCCAGGUCAAAAGGGGUCAUGCUAGUGGAGCCAGUGGAGUCUUGUCCCCCUGAAUCCAUAUGUCCCCUCCCCCACCUGUUUCCUGACAUCAUCGUGGAUCAUAGCCGAGGAAAUCUAGACCUGAUCGAGUAGAAGGUGCAGGUUUCAAUGGCAAGUGGUGUUCAAGUUGUAGGCCCAGGAAAUCUAUCUGGACAUAAGGUACCCCCUUCGUCUAACCUAACAGUAUCUUCAUGGUUACAUUUCACUCAGAAUAGACAGUCCUUGCCAAAUUACCCAGAUAUAGUUGAUAAUGAGACCUACUUUCAACCUGUCAACUCAGAUAGUGUUAAUGAUCUGACCCCCAGCCAAAACUCCACCAGUGAGUUUAACCCUGAAGCAGGUUUCAGCGGCUCAGGGCACAGUCCCUCCCACCAUGUUGGCGAGGACAGACGGGUGGUAUCACAGCUUGAAUCCAGCCCACCAGACAUGAGCGGGGCACCUCAACUACCACUGUACCCCUCCCUGCCACAGGACCCCGCCCUCCCGGUGUCCCCUAACAGUGGCACAAGGCAGGUUCAGAUACCAACAUACAGGCAGAUUCAAACCAGGGACAUUAGUGUUGGAGUGUCAGCCAGGAUCGACCCUCAACGGGCAGAUACCCUGCCUGAUCUGCUACACUCUCAUGUUGCGUCUCCUGUGACGCCGUCACGGCCAAAUCAACAUCGCCAAACACGGAAUGGAGAUAGACGCAAUCGGCCGCCAGAUCAUCGAACGAGAAAUCAAGGGAGACAUAGGACCCAUGAAACCGGCACGCGAACGACGCGUCAUGGCCGUAGAAAUCGCACACGAUCCUCCAGUUCAAUACAUUCGGAUGAAGGAGCAUGUAAAGAACCAUGUGUCAAAUGUUUUGUGAAAUUGACAUCAUUCCGAUGGGUUCUGGUGGUGUUGUCUCUGUUGGGAGUUUGUUGUGUGGUGACAGGGAUAGUACUUGCAGCACUGCAUGCAGCAGGAAACAGCUUCCUCUUUCUUGCGAUUAUGUUCAUAGGACUGGGAGUGCUGCUGGUCAUUGUUGUGGGUGUCGGCUGGAAGUGCACCCCAAGGGGACAUGAACCAUUACAUGCGCUUUUCAAUAUUGGGGACUUCCGUCGUCGACGAGACCGCCAAACACGAAGGGCGUACCGGCAGAGAGACAGCAACUGGUAUGGAGGUGUGAUGUACCCAGAAUUCCAGUACCGUCGUCCACCACCAUCGUAUGCUGCAUCGAUGCAGGAGUACCAACAGCAGCUGUUGUUGGCACAACAGCAAUACUUGCAGCAGACUGGCAGUAACGGCGAAAGUCUUCCAAACUCACCCCCUCCCUCGUAUAGGUCCCGUACGAGCACUAUACACUCAGGAAUCCAUAUUGCCUUCCCGCCAGACUCAGAUCAGCCCAACUCGCGGCCACCGACCUAUCGAUCAACCGCGAGUACAAUGGGCCGUAGGGGCCCUGUUCGGCCACCAUUACCCAGAGACCAUAGUUACGAUGAUGACAGGGGAGACAAUUUACCCGGUGGUGAUAUUUCGUUUGCUGGUCCCGAUGUCAGUCCAACUAGUGUAGGGUCAGAGGUCGGCCAGUCGUCAGAACCAACCAGUGCUAGCAUAGAUAGGACUCCAUCAGAUGACUCUAUACUGAGUGCAUCAUCACCGUCAGACUUGGUUACGGGGAGGUCAUCGAGUGUAGCAAGUCCUGAAACUCCCAGUAGUGCUGCUAGUCUGUCGUCUGCUCACAAUCAAACCACAGUAACAAACCCAGAACAGUCUUCUGUGAUUCAAGGCCAGAGCUCAUCAGUGAGUGGAGGAACAAAUGGGUCAAAUACAACCAAUGUGGACGAGUCUUCCAGCCAUGUUCAACCAAAAGAUGACACGCUUGACCGAGAGCUGCAGCAGACUCUUGAGACCUUUGACGAGAUUACCUCUGGUGCUGUGUCGGACAGUGUAUCCAAGUCGAUGGAAGAAGCCACUUCAUCAGAAGAGCCAGAAAGAUUUCAAACAGCUUUGUGAACCGUGGGAUACUAGAAUCUGGUUUUGUGGAUAUGUUUAGGAAGUCUAUAUAAAUACCCCACAUUCCAUGUGUGUCUUGAUUGUGUUCAUAUUGUGUUGGUGAUGAAGGAUGAAUGAAAACUGUAUUAUUAAUUCCACAAGUCAUUUGUGUUGUGUGCAUUCAAGAGGAAAUAUGUAUGAUGAACUUUGACUUUGAAACCCCAAGGUCCACAGUUGUUUUUUUAAGUGUGUGUGUUUUUCAGUUAAAUGAUCAUCACUUUUACAUGUAGUUUUAGCAUGUGCUUGUUUGUUUAACAUGUUUUAAAAUGUUUGUGUUCAAAUGGUAAGUUAUUUUAGGUUAUGUUUUCACUGAAGACUUUAUCUUCAGUGUAUUUUAUUUUAGCUUGCUUUUGGUAUUCUCUUUAUGAAAGCAUGUGAGAAUCCUUGAAUUUGUAAGCACAGCGUCAGACUAAUGAGAAUAUAAAACUUAUGUUCAAGAAUGUUUGAUAGCAAUAUGUCAGACAGGUUUUAACAAAAUAUUUUAGUGGUUUUGUUAAAAAUCAUGUUUUAUUGUUUCUGUUUCCAUUUUCAUUUUAAGAGAUUUUAAAUGUGUUUUUAAAGAUUUCAUUUAAAACACUACUACUUUCCUGAACAUUUUGAACAAAAUUUUAUAUCUUAAUGUAAUCAUGGUAAUUUGUUUUGUAGCAAUGUUUCACAAAAGAAUUUUUUAUUUCAUCAAGCAUAAGAUGCUUGAUACCUUGGAACAAUUAAAAACAGGUAGUUGUAUCUGAAUUUGUUAUUUACUGGAAAUUCUAUUGUCAGUUGCCUUGGGAUAAGAAUUGGGCUGAAUUUUUACCAUCUUUUACAUUAUUUAUAAACUACAUACUGAUUUGUGUUGAUUCAGCAAUAGACAGACAACAUUCUAACAAUAUGAUGACAAAUGUGUAUUGUAUGGAAAACUUACAGCAAUAUUCACUUCACUGUGACUGAUACUUUAACACCCAGUACUCUACUUGGCAGUGUUAGAAAUUGGCACUCGUCCUCUAGUCCUUGCCAAGCUGCCCAAUAGUUAAGGUAUCCUAGUAGAAAUUUGCAAAAUUUUGCAAUUUUUUAGGGGUUUUGCUAUAUGUUACCUUUAUAAGGACUAGUGGACUAAAUCUGUUAGUUUCUGUCGCUGCUUGGCACCAGGGAAUGAUGCAUAUGGCCAUUGAUGCACCACCAUAUGCACACCCACCCACCCACCCACCAGCAGAAGGUGCACGGAAUGACCUGUCACCUGGAAGACAUACUGCACAUGUCAGUUUGACAAUAUAAGUAUACUCGCUUCAAUCAAGGGCAAACACUGACAUUUGAGGACUAUGCGUGCUGCAGUUGUAAUGGACCAUGAAUGUCGGACUUGUGAGAAAGAUGAAUAAUUCAGCGAGUAUGAUGGCAAUAUAAUAAUCUGUGUGACUCUUGCUGUCUGAUUGUCGGGCAGUUCCUGUUUCUGGUCCUUCUCCAGGGAAUGGCUCCUAUUCAAAUGAUGCAAUUUGCUUUGUAAAACCUAUGAAUAUUGACCACACUUGAACUGCGGCAUACAAGUCGUGGGCAGCCGGGUCCUCAUGAAUUGCAAAACAAUUUCUUUUAAAGGCUGACGAUUUUGAUGUGUGUUUUAUACUUUUGAGUUCAUGUUUAAUCGUUCUGCUUGUGUUUUGUUCCAACAAAUAUGGUAAUUGAGUAGGGCUAUAAGAAAAGACCUUUGCUUGAUGACAUGAAAGGUCAUUUGUUAUCUUUUUAUCUUUUUUUUAUUACAGAAAAUAGCCAUGAUUUACAUGUAGUCGUCAUGUGUAAUCUUCAAGUUUAAGAAACUUAAGCUUCUCAAUCGAAUGAUCUAGAUGAUAAACCUCAGACAGGAAAUACCAUUCCGAUUAUUUUUUUCUUUGUGCAUCUUUUCUACAAUAUCUCACUUAUAAUCUUCACAAGAUGAUAUGUGUUUUGCCUACAAAAUAUACAAAAGUAAUAGUGAUCUGAAAGUCUACAUGACUGUCCUAUUGGCCUUCACCUUCAAGUCUUAGCAUAAGAUUUCUCCACGAGUGCCUUGGAAAAUUUGCUGAUUUGUUUUAAGAAAACCUUCUCCUCUUCCUUGAUGGGGAGUCCACUGAGUUGACCUACUGGUAGACAAUUUUCACAGGUGUAAUGAUGUUAUUGUAUGUGCCUUCCCCACAAGAAUACAUGGAUAAGCAUGGAUGGGCCAUGUUUAAAUAUCUUAAAUCAUAAGGUGAUGUGAUAAAGUUAUUACUCAAACAGAUUUAUAGAUAAAUACUCAAAAUACUGACUCAUCUAUAGGUGUCUGAAUAUAGGACUGUUUCAAAGUUAACAUAAAUGAAGCUAGCAUGCAUCAGAUUAAUGAUAAUUGUGAUUUUGAUUUCAAAUACUUAAAGAAUUAUUAAUAUGAUUAGUAACGUCAUUGUACACAGUUUCUUUUGAAGAAUGAGUUUAAUAUUUUUACUGUCGUUUCGUUAUUACAUUGAAGCCAGUAUAGUUGCCUACCAAUAUGAUUAAUAAUGUGUUUAGAUUUCAAUAUUUUUAGAUUUCUCACGUACCUAAUACAGUCACUUUGAUAUACCAGGAUAUCGAGGUUUCAAUCUGUCGUUAUUGUCAGCUCUCAUUUCUCAUGUAUUCAUAUGGACGCUACACAUCUGUGCCUAUUCUAUAUUGAUGUUCAUCGUUAGCUUGUUGAUGUGAAUACAGUGAGGACAGCAUUAUGUUCAUGUAUUCACUACCAGCUGGUUUGUUCCUGGUAUUGAAUUUUCUCUUGUUGAAAAAAACAAUUUCAGUCUGUUACAUCUACUGUUCAUUAUUAUCACACAAUCCCUAUGUUUCUGUGAAUGAACAACCACUUGUAUGCUUUUUUUGACACAUCUAAAACAUUUUCUCUUUCCUUUUUUGCUUGCGAGAGUUUUGCAGCUCAGUGGUUUAUUGGAAACAAUUGUUAGAAUACUGUUGAAUAGUAGAAAUUUGUAUUUCUUUAAAUCCAUUUCUGAAACAGUGAAGACACAAAUUAUUUCUUAAAAUGUAUGAUUUUGUUUCAUCGAUUGAAACAAAACAUGGUAAAUAAGGUAAGUCUAGGAAAUUAUUUUUUAUUCUUUGAUUUCCAUACGUCUUAAGUUAUGUUCCUGUUAAAAUUUCAGAAGGAUUCCACUAAAAAAAGCAACUAAUCCUAAAUGGAUGUUUUCUUCAAUUUUUUUAAUGACGAAUAUUUGAAAGUAAAUUACUAAAUAUUGCCAGUUUGCUGAACACUUCAGAGUUUCAAAGAAUUAAUCACCUUGUCUUUAAACAUUAAUCAUCAAUAAUUUACAAAGCAUAUAAAUAUUAAGACAUGAAACGUUUAUGGACCUCAACUUUUUAUUAUUUUUAUGUCAUUUCAGGGCCUCUUUUAACCUCUUUGUUACGUGAUUCAUUUAAGUGGAAUAUAGAAGCUGAUAUCCAUCAAAGUUUCAUGUCUUUGUAGUAUCUGCUUUAACACAUUCUUGAUGAGAAUGAUGAAUGCUUGAGGAGAUGGGGACUAUGUCUUUGAAACUCUGAACUGUUCAUAUCAAUAAAAGUUUAUGUCUUAAUGGUCUUCACAUAAAUAUAUUCUUGAAAUUAUUUCUGUAAGGUUGUAGUACCAUUUCAUAGAUCUGUUGCUACAUCUGUUUGUUCAGGCCCUUCAUACAUAGUAUUAACAUGGCUUAUUUGAUAGAUUUUCUUUGAAUUCUUUCAACAAAAUCUUCUAUGCCCAGUGACUGCAGGCUUUGAUCUGUGUGCUAUAUUGUAUAUGCAACCUUUUGAUCCUGACCAAUGAACUUGUACAACGGAAGACAUUUCACAAGUAGAAACAGAACUUCAGGACUGGUGGUUAAGACUUGUCACUUCACCCAGACUCCUUCCCACACAAGGCUUUGCAAUAAUAUUGAUAAUAUCUUACUGUUCUCAAAGAAAAUAUGCGUCUAUGAAUUUCAAUAUCUUUAUGAUGUAUCAGUAUUUUGAUUGUCAUGAUAGAAUUUUUUCCCUUCCUUAAUUUCCAUUAUGUUUUCUUUAAGCUUUAAAUAGUUAAAAUUUUCAAAUAAUACACAGAAUUUUAAUACACUAGAAAGUUUUUUCGUGGAAUCUUGAAAAUAAGUGGAGUGUUCGAUUUUGAUGAAAUGUUCUUUGACUUUAACGUGUGUAGAGUGUUAUAGAAAACCUUUAUGUUGGUGUAAUCGAACAUUUACCAUUUUCAUCUUCAAGUCUGGCACUGUUUCCAUAUGAGUACGAAAUUCUACUGUGUAGCGGAUAACAAGGCGACAGACAUCAAUCGAUAAGUGUGUGAGAAUGUAUGUUUUUUCAGAGGAGAAUAUUAUGUAGGGAGCUGUUGCGUAAGCAUCUCUGAAAGAUCAUUGCUGGCAACGCUGGCAGUCAUAUAUAAUGAACAAUAUUUGUCUGAAACUGCUUUUACAUAUUUUAACAUUUUGUGCCACAGAAAUUGUUUGUGUGGUGAGAAGUAUUCCACAUUCCAUUAUUUAUUUAUGUGAAAAGCAGUCAUUGGUUACCCGUAUAGUUACAGCCUGCUGCUGUUGUGUCACACGGUGUAUUCCUUGGAGAAUCAAUGCUCCAGGUAUAAGGUGUACUUGUGUUAGACACAGGAAGAUCUUUCUCACCAUCUACAUUAUAGAUAGGAGUCAUUAUUUUUAUGAUUACAUAAGUGAAUUAAUGUUGAGAGACAGUUUUGCAAAUGUACCUUUUCAGAAUAAUCAAUGAAAUGCUAACCAAUUGCCUAAAAAUGUUAUUCAUUUCCAAAAACAACUUUUGAAAUAAGUGUUUUAUCAAAGGCAAUGUUUUACGUAUGUUCAUAUUUUGGGGUUGAAAAUAGGAUUUUUUGUUCAAUUUUCUAAAUUUAGGAUUAGUAUAUCCCUAUUACAAGAACAUACAUUGAUCUUUCCCAAUAAAGAAGAAAUAUUUUACAUGAAUAUAUUUCAAAUUUAUUUUCAUUAUUGUAGAUUGUGACUGAAGAUUUUGGUAUGCCUAUCACAGAACAAGAUAUGCAAAAUGUGUAAUGUGUUUGUAUGAUGUUACAGUGCUGUACAAAUGUGCCCCUCAUGCUGCUGCAUCAUGUAAUUGUUGCUGUCAUUACAUCAUUGUUGCUGUCAUUGCAUCAUUGUUGCUGGUCGUCUGAUCAUUGCAUCAUUGUUGCUGGUAAUCGCAUCAUUGCUGCUGGUAAUCUGGUCAUUGCAUCAUUCUUCUGAACAUUGUUGUUGGUCAUUGCAUCAUUGUUGCAGGUCAUCGCAUCAUUGUUGCUGUCAUUGCAUCAUUGUUGCUGUCAUUGCUUCAUUGUUGCAGGUCAUUGCAUCAUUGUUGUUGGUCAUAGCACCAUUGUUGCAGGUCAUCAUAUCAUUGUUGCUGUCAUUGCAUCAUUGUUGCUGUCAUUGCAUCAUUGUUGCUGUCAUUGCUUCAUUGUUGCAGGUCAUUGCAUCAUUGUUGCUGAUCAUCUGGUCAUCACAUCGUUGUUGCUAAUCCGCGUAUCAUUAUUACUGGUCAUCACAAGUUGUUGGGCUGAGACAGAGGUUGUGAACAUGUUUUAUAUCAGACCCUAUUUUUCUAAACCUGUAUAUAUAUUCUAUCCCAACAUUUUAUACUAUUCCUGUAAAUAAGUUGACUAUUUAUGUUGAUGUUUCAUGUGGGACAGCUGUUUGAAUCCAAACAGUGCUUGAUGUUACUCAUGUACAGUGGAAGAACAUACUCAAUUUCUCACAGAAAACUUAAUUUACGAUUUGUAUUUUUUCAGUAUGAACAUAAACGACGGUCAUUUAAAGAUUCUGUGUUAAUUUCACAUGAUUGUCAAUAUAUGAAUAUUUGAAGAAGUUUAGGUAAAAUAUUCACUGGUAUUAAUUAUGCUUAAUACUUUAAGUAGUGUGAAAUUUGAUAUGGACAGUUUUGAUUUUGUAAUAUGUAUGCAAUACCGAUAAAGUAAGUCAAUAAAUAUAACAUGACAUA